CACACCCCCCACCCCCGAAGGCUGGACCAAAUACACUGUAAUACACUACAACGAAAAAGAGUUGGAGGAUAAUCUGGCAAAGUCAUCACUAAACAGAUAAUCCACACCAAGGACAAAGAAGAGAAAGGGGGACAAAGACCAAAGGAAGGGAGAAAAGGAUACAGAACAUCCCUUCAAAAUGGCGCAGAUCCCUCAAGUGUGGCACACCCAGGAAGAGAAAGUGGAUCUGGAUAUAAUGGUGGCUGUUGGCAACCAACCCGAGUGCUCUAUCUGCUACAACACCUACGACAACGUUUUCAAGACGCCCAAGCUGCUGGACUGCACCCACACCUUCUGCCUCGAGUGUCUGUCACGCCUCAUGGCUAUUUCACUGGGAGAGCAGGAAGGAGGAGGCAGCAGCAAGAUCCUGUGUCCCUUCUGCCGCCACCCUACCCUCCUAACCAAGGAGGGUCCCCCGGCCCUGGCCACCAGCAGCGAGGUACUGUGUAAGCUGCCCAGCCACCAGCAGCACGAGGAGCCUGUGUGGCUGGACGGCGAGAAGCUGUGCUACAAGCGGGACCUGGAGGCCAGCCCCGGGGCCUCUAGCUCCACCUCGGCCUUCUGCAUCUGCAUCGACAUAGGGGCCAGCAAAGCAGGCGAGGUCCCAGCUCAGACACGCCCCCACAACAUGGGCGUUAUGAGGCGUCUGACCAGCUGGAAGCGGCUGCUGCUCUUCAUCGUGCUGAUGGUGCUGCUAGUGGUCAUCGUGCUGUGGCCCCUGCAGUGCAUCGUCACCACGGGCAACAUGCACUGCAUGCCGCGCUCUGUGGGCUCAAUACAAGGUUCCAUCACCACCACAGCUACCCCAUUGACCAGUUCCACAAAGUGAGCCUUUAAAUAAAUACUUGUAUGUAGUAUGCCAGGUUCCCUCUCCGCCACCAACUGGGGAUCUGUGUGCCUGGUUCACAAGCACACAGAUCCCCAGAAUGAGCUCUAGUAAGAGGUUGAUAUAUGUAUCCCCUCUCUGCCACCUUCUCCUUCAGCUCCACUGAAGGGCAUCCAGCCACAGCCCCCCAGUCCACACAGAAAUGCAUUCCCUCAGUCAUGAGAGGGCUAAAAUACCACAGAUAAGAAGGGGGAAAGAUGGCCAUGUAGUUAAGGCCCACAACUGAAUCAAGGAAGAAUGAAUAUAGAACCCACCUGUGAGAAACUCUGCAUACUCCAUCCAAUUUUUUAACAAUUGAUAAUGGCGUGCUCAGCGUCAUUAUUCUGACAAGGAAGUUACAAAUUCAUACGUGAAUUCCACUUGCACUUUGAUUAACAGAUGUUUAUUUAAAAAAAAUCUUUAUAAAGAUGUUAUUUUGCUGUAGAAAUCAAAUAUGUGAAUGAAAUAUGUUGAAAUAUUCAGACAGACAAUCUGGGUGAAAUCUAUUCAUAUCUGCAGUAUCAGAUCUGAUGGCCACAGUGCAACCUCUACUCAAAAUGUUCAGUUUUUAAGAACAAUGUGCAAGUUUAGCUGUCUUAUGACUGAUUAGAAAAAAUUGUAUGCCAAAACAUAAAGCUGAAAUUGUAAGUGUAUAUACAUGUAUAGUUGAUUGUACUACUUUGAUAUAUAUUUUGUUUACA